AUGAACAGGAGAAGCGUGAUUUUUUUUUAUAUUGUUACUCGUCACGGUCGAGUAUUCGAUGUAUCUAAACCUACAAUAGCCAAAACUCAACUUCCUCAUGUCAUCAUCAGCGGCGAUCAUCCACCAAUUAGUGUCCGUCCCUACUAUCGUACCAUUGAACAACGUAAAGAACUGCAACACGAAGUCGAUAAACUUCUGAUGGAUAAUAUCAUCCGCCCAUCUACAUCCCCAUGGUCCUCUCCAGUUAUCUUAAAAAAGAAGCCUGAUGGUACCUAUCGGUUUUUGGUUGACUUACGUCGUUUAAAUUCUAUGACAAGAAAAGACGCUUAUCCGCAACCCUCUGCCGAAGAAUUAAUUUAUCGUCUGUCUGAACAUAUUUAUUUUACUAAACUUGAUCUAAAAAGUGGAUAUUUUCAAAUUCCUAUUGUCGAAUCAGAUAAGGAAAAAACAGCAUUUGUAACUUCCGAUGGACAUUAUGAAUUUAAUGUUCUUGCUCAAGGUCUUAUGAAUGCUCCGGCAAGUUUUCAACGUGUUAUGAAUAAUUUGCUUGCCACGGGUCGUUGGAACUAUGUGGUGAUUUAUCUCGAUGACAUCGUUAUUUUUUCCUAUUCACUCGAAGAACAUAAACGUCAUGUCCAUGAGAUAUUGUCCAUCCUUGAUGCUGCUCACUUCAAGGUUUCACCUCCAAAAUGUACUAUUACAGGUCAGCAGAUCGAAUUUCUAGGUCAUAUCAUCACUGCUGCUACUGUCAAACCAUCUUCGGAAAAAAUACACGCAAUUCUGGAUAUUCCAGCGCCUCGUACUCUAUCACAAGCGAAUCGCUUUUUUGGUAAAAUGGGAUACUAUCGAAAGCUUAUCCCGAAUUUCGCUCGUAUUGCGACUCCCCUGCAUAAUGUUACCAACGAAACACAUACCAAACGGCAUGAAUUUUACUGGCACGCUGAACAACAAGCAGCUUUUGACCAAUUUAAAAUGAUCUUGACGACUUCUUCCCUCUUUCUCCAUUUCCCUGAUCCUUCAGUACCAUUUAUUCUUUCUACUGAUGCUAGUCUUAUUCGUAUUACUAGUGUUCUCAAACAGCAAACGUCUACCGGUCUUAAAGUCUGCCAUUAUAAAUUUUGUUUAUUGUCCGACAUCGAGCGUCGAUAUUCUGCCACUGAACGCGAAGCACUUGCUAUAUAUUGGUGUCUCGAUCAAUUACGCCCUGAUAUCGCUAGUUCUUCUGUUCUAAUUGAAACCGAUCAUGCGCCACUUUCCAACAUGCAUAAAAAAAUACGUUUCGUAAUAAACGCAUUGAUUAUUGGCUUCUCAAAUUACAGGAUAUUCUACCUCAGAUUAUCGCGAUCAAAUAUUGUAAGGGUAUUGACAAUGUCUGACCGGACUUUUUAA